AUGGCAUCCAUUGACACCUCAUCGCUUGCAGACCUGCGUCGGCAGUACGAUUACAUUGUCGUCGGAGGUGGCACAUCUGGCUUGGUGGUCGCCAGUCGCUUGACCGAGAAACCUGCCAUCAGUGUGCUUGUUCUUGAGGCUGGAAGCAAUCGUGUAAAUGAUCCACGGAUUGCGGCUCCUGGUCUCGCGGCAAGUACCUACUUCGACCCGGAGUUCGAUUGGUGCAUCACCAGUCCGCCUCAGGAAGGCUUAAAUGGACGAUGCCUCGCUGAGCCUCGCGGGCGAACACUUGGUGGUUCUUCUGCCAUCAGUCGAGGGAUGGUGAUCUAUCCCAGCCGAACCAAUUUCAACUCGUGGGAACAGCUAGGUAAUGAGGGGUGGAACUGGGAUUCGCUUUCGCCGUACCUGAAAAAGUCUCAGACAUUUAAUCCGCCUUCUGCGCAGAUCGCGGAGGAAUUGUCUCUGCAAUAUAUCGACCCGUUUGCCCAUGGCACCUCCGGCCCACUUCAGGUCUCAUUUGGCGACGGUCCGUUUCCACCUUUCGUUGGCGCUUGGCCAAAGGUGUUCGAGAACCUCGACUUACAUAUCACGGGCGAUCCCAUGUCCGGUGUCGCAAAAGGAGCCUUUUGUGGCCCGGGGAGUGCUCAUCCCACUGCCAGGACAAGCAGCCAUGCUGGUGUGACAUACUACAACGAGGAUGUGGCCAAGCGUCCAAACCUCCGUGUCAUCACGGAAGCCUUGGUGGAGAUUGUUGGUCUUGAAAAAAACAGUCAUGAGGAUGUUGUGGCCACUGAGGUUCAGUUCAUUGGCAAGGAUGGCAUCCAGCGGACGAUAGCAGCCAGGCGUGAGGUUAUUCUAGCCGCAGGUGCAAUUAAGACACCCCACUUGCUGGAACUGUCCGGUAUUGGUAACAGCUCCAUUCUCCAGUCCCAUGGCAUUGAGCCGAUUGUGGAAAAUGAGAACGUUGGAGAGAAUCUCCAGGAACACGGCUUUGUCCCGUUCAGCUGGGAAGUCGCUGAUGGGCAGCCUACCGGCGAGGCAUUACGAACCCCUGAGGUUGCAGCCGCCGCCAUGGCAGCUUGGCAAGGAUCGGGUGCAGGUCCAUUUGGCCUCUGCCCUCUGCCAUCCUCGUAUGCCAGCCUCGAGUUCCUCAAAGAAGGUGAAUUGAAAUCCCUCAUUGAUCAAUUUUUGCAAGAGAAAGAUCUUUCGCCAAGUCUAACGGCACAGUACGAAGUGCUUCGUCAAAUGCUCGAAGACGAGGAUGAACCUACAGGUCAAUACACCUUGGCACCAUCCCAGAUCUUACCGGACAAAGGACCGAGCCCCAAGGGGGUCUUGGGGAUGCUCGAACCGGAGCCAGAGAAUUUUAUAAGCAUCAUUUCAGUUCUAAACCGCCCUUUCUCGCGUGGUAGUGUUCAUCUCACCUCCGAUCCCAAGUCAAAUCCGACAUUUGAUCCGCGCUUCUUCUCUCAUCCGCUGGACCUGGAGCUUCAUGCGCGUCACGUUCGCUGGCUGGAAACUCUUGCGUGGACUGAGCCGAUGGCCUCCCUUCUCAAGGCAGAUGGCCGGCGCUUACAGAACUCCUCGCAGGAUAUCACUCUUGACACAGCUCGAGAAUUGGCUCGGGAUCGAAUUCUUGCCCACUACCAUGUUUGCGGUACCGCUGCAAUGAUGCCGCGUGAGAAGGGUGGUGUUGUUGAUUCCCGCCUCAAGGUGUAUGGCACAAAGAAUCUGCGGGUGGUCGAUGCUAGUAUCUUCCCUCUGAUCCCCCGUGGAAAUAUUCAGACCACAGUGUAUGCUGUUGCAGAGAAGGCCGCAGACAUCAUCGCUGCCAAUUUUUGA